AGGAAGCGCCUAUUGAUUUGGAAGAGGAAACAAAUCUGCCUUGUGGGUUUUCUUUUAAUCUUUGUCGAAGUUCCUGUAGAGAUUUACUAGAAGUUUCAUCCUGAAUCAGGAUGCCCUGCUUGUGUAACUGGACGGUAAAGCUUGGAUGUUAAGAAAUUUAUAACAUACAAUAUUUCUAGAGGAAUACUUUACACACUGCUUAAACAUGUGUUUUCAAAUAAGAAGGAAACAUUACACUUAUUUGAGCAUGUGUUCAUGCUGCCAUUCUAUUUCCAAGUAUUCUUCAGUUGUGAAGUCUCAUUUGUUACAUGACCAUGCCAAACAUUCUUCUAAAAAUGGAACAAAAGUGGUAAUUCCCAUAAGGAUUGAUAGCAAGCAUGAAAAGCAUUUAGCUCUUAGACUUGACAAAAAGAGCUCACUACAAAGCCAAAGAAAUACAAAUCACAGAAAGAAAGACACGAAAGAAAGUAUCAAGACUGUACAUGAUGAGAGUAUUUCCAAGACUUCAAACAAAAGAAAUAAGACUGGUGAAAAAUCAAUCCUUUGCAUAAUUUGCAAGAAAUCAUUCAGUAGUUUAGUGAAAUAUUUUUCACAUUUAUCUGUAAAAGAUCAUGUUAAUACUGAAGUUGGUUUUAGAUGUACACAUUGUGAGAGUCAGUUCCAUAAUCUAAAAGAUCUUGUGCAUCACAAUGAAAAGGAACAUUCGAUGAAAAAAUGUUUAAGUGUGACACAGUUUGAUUGUACAAAGAGUACUGUUGAUGAUGUAAAACAUUCAAAGCGUUCCAGUGUUCAGUGUCCAUAUUGUCUGAAUAUGUUUACUGACAUCAAGAAGCUGUAUCAACACAUGGGAGGUAAUCACUGUGAUCAGAUAGAUUAUAUCAGUAUAAAGUCAGAGGAAGUUGAUGGAAAUGAAAGCCAAGAUCAGAAUACUGUGGUUGUGGUUUACAAGUGUAUGCAUUGUAAUGAAUGUUUUCAUGGUCUUCGUGAUAUAAUGCAACAUGUCACAUACGUACAUGUGCCUGUGAGACAAUCAAGGAAAAGAAAAAAGCCAAAGUGGUUGCAAGAACAAACAGAAAGUAAAAAGAUACCAGUCAAAAGAAUGAAAAAUGAUCCAAGUAGCAAAAAGCACCCAGGCAUUAAAGAUAUGUGUUCCAAAGACCAAAGUAACAAAAAGAGUUCUGGUGAAAGAACCAUUUCUCAUAAAAAAGUUGACAAAAACUUGGUCCCAGGCUUACAGCCUGUAGUUGCUUUACGAAACAUAGAAAGUUUUGACAAAAGAAAAUCAUCAGAGAAAAGAAAUGCAUCUGCGAAGCGUGCAUUAGAGAUUUUUUACCAGAAUGAGAAAAAGAAUAAGAAAAAUGAUAAAGAAUUUCUUGUGAAAAUAACCAGUGCAUCAGAACAUAAUUCUGAUGAUGAAGAAGAAAACCCCAAGAAUGUUAUUGAAGAGAACAAUGGAAGUUCAUCUCCAGAGUACUGCACUGAUGAUAUACAAUCAGCUGACAGUUAUGGUGAUCCACUUGAUGAAUUUAAUGAUAACAACGAAUUGGAAGGCAAAAAUGAAACUGCUCGGACACAAAAUGAAAUUUCAAAAUCGGGAAUGCUAAAAUGUCCAUAUUGUAAUUUGAAGGAAUAUUUUGGGCUGAAUUCACUGAAAAGACAUAUUAAAGCUAAACAUGCUGAAUAUGCUAAAUUGUAUGCUGAAGAUGGAACAGAAGUACAAAAUUCAGUUGGUAAAGAUAUGGAGAAUGCAUGCCAGGAAACUUUUAAAGAAGAUAUGAUCGAUGACGAAUUAGAAGGUGAUUCUGAUGAUGAUUACAAUCCAGAAGAAGACAAUACUACUGACUCAGAGAAAGAAAUACAAAAAGAAGUUGAACUGCUAUCCUUUAAAUGUGAAUAUUGUGCAGAUGUUGAAUAUACCAAAAGAAAAUCAUUACAUCAGCAUAUCAGGAGCAAACAUCCGGAAGAUUUCUAUAUUAAACACAAAGUUAAAAAGUCAAGUAUAAAGAAAAUCAAUGAUACAGACAUUACAACUAUGUUUAAAUGUCCAUUUUGUGCCUUUUCUUUGUACCACAGAGAGUAUGUUUUUAGUCAUAUUGAAAGAGUGCAUUCAGAAGUUUUACAUUUUACUGUUGCUGAUAUUGUUAAGAAACAAGUAGAAGUCAAUGAAAAUCCGUCAGAAAGGGAAUGCUUUAAAUGUCUGUAUUGUAAAUUUGUGUGCAGAUGGAAGUUAGACAUAACAAGUCAUUUUCGUGACAGCCAUCCUACGCUCAAAAAGCCAAAGCAGAUACCAUGUAUAAUGCCAGCAUCAUGGCUGGAUAACCAAACAAUCUCUGCUAACCUAAUGUGUGGAAUUUGCAAAUCUGUUUUUGAGGGCAAGAAAAACUUUGAAAAUCACAUGAAGGAGCAUAUUUCUAAUGAAGGAAUGAACAUGAUAUUCCAAAGCACUUUGCCUGAACCGAAAAGAUUUGGGAAACAACCAUUUAAGAAAAGACUUCAGAGUUUUCUUUGUCCCUUAUGCGACAGUGUUUUCAAGCGUAAAGAUAGCUAUAUGUACCACCUGAAAUCUCAUAUGGGAGGGACACAAAAGAAAGAUGACAUCACCGCAAUUAAAUGUAUUGUGCUGAAAAAGAAUCCGUCUAUUCUGUCAGUUGAUCACUGGGACAAAAGUAAAAGUAAAUACAUAGAUGCUGACAAGUUUGUUAGUGAUGAAAGCCUGAAUGUUAACAAUGAAUUAAAAGAAGAGACUGAUGACAAUACAGAUAAAGUUAAUGUCGCUCCCAGUAAAAAUGUGGAAAAUAAGGAUUCUGACCAAAUGUCUAAAGAAGUUAAGAAUAUAUCUGAUUGCAUUGAAGAAUACAGAAGUUCACUAAAUGAAAUGGAAAGAGACUUAAAAAUUGUUCACAUAGACUCUGACUCUCCUAAAGAUCAUACAACAUACUUGAACAUAACCACUGGACAGUCAAAGCUAGAAGAAGGUUCAUUUAUUUGUCCAAUAUGUGAUGAUUUUAAGACUUUUUCAAAAUCACUUGCUGUUAAACACGUCGAAGAGUCUCAUUCAAGCAAGAUGUAUGAAAUUGAAAUAUUACAUAUUGUGCCUCAUGUUUACCUUGAGAAGUAUAAUCAUGAAAAAGAUGAAUUCACAUUUGGAUGUGAAUCUUGUAGCUUUUCAACAGAUACUACAGUUCAUGCUGUCAAGCAUAUAAAAAGUCAUAGAAAUAAGCAAGGGAAAGAAAAAGAAAGAACUGGAGCAGAAGAAGUUCUUGCAACAAAGACUACUGAAUCCAAAUAUUUUGAUAUGGUUUCAUUGCCAGGUUUAGAAUUUGGCAUGUAUGAAGACGUUGUUCACAAAUGCUGGUCAUGUCAUCCAAACUAUUUGUUGAAGACGAAGAAAGGCUAUAGAAAACAUAUGCUUUCAUAUCACAAAGAUGAAAUAGGCUGCGAAGUUGGAGAUGUUAUGAAUCAGAUGCUGGGCCUGAUUGAAGGUAAAAAAGGAGAUAAUUAUAGAUGCACCAUAUGCAGUGAAAUACUGAAAACUAGAGACGAUUUAAUAGAUCACUAUAAGGAAAGAUAUCCAGAUAAAGUUGAUGAUUUGAUGGCUCAGCUAAACAGCAGGAAAAAUAUUGCAAAUACGCCGGAUAGUGCAGGAUACACUGAAUGUGAAAUAUGUUACCAAGGUUACAGAGAUGAUUCAGCAUUAAGGAGACAUUUACUGCUGCAUUUAAACAAGGGCCGUAUACACUGUGCAACAUGUGGCAUAUAUUUCAGGACGAGGGAGGAGGUGGCCAACCAUUCUGUCUCUGCCCAUUCGAUUUCUAAUUAUAUGUGUAGUACAUGUGGAAAAUUGCUUUACUCCAGUAAAGAUUUCUCCCGGCAUAUGCGUCAACAUAAAACAAUUGAGAUUACACAAGGAAAAAAUACAACUAUCCUGUGUCAGCAUUGUGGAAUAGAACUCAGAAAAUUUACCAGUAACUUAAAACGCCAUCAGCUUCGUUACCAUGCCAACCUUAUCACAUGUGAUUGUGCCAUUUGUAAGAAACAGUCAGUCCCAGUAGGAGCUACCUCUUGUGUAUGUACUGUUUGUAAAAAGGUUUUCUGUACAAAUUACAUGUUAGCUGUCCAUCAAGUAAACGAGCACCCCCAACAACAUGCACGCAAGAAGAAAGUGCAUAGCGUCACAGCAGAAUUUAAAUGUGUAGGCUGCGCCUUGAUAUUUGACAGUCAAAAAGAGCUUCAGUUACACAGUCAUAGAUGUGGUAAAGGAGUUGAAAAAGUAAUGUGUCAGAGUACACAGCUAGAUGAAGAACAGGAAAGAAUAUCAGAAUGUGAAAAGAAGCUUAAUUUCAAAAUUGAACUGAACGCCGAGUAUAUAAAAGAAAACUUCCUUGUUCAUAACGUUGGUGCUGAGCUUCCAUACAAGUGUGGCAUAUGUGAUAAGUCGUUUAGGAUACUUAAAUACAUGUAUAACCACAUCAGAAGAAAGCAUGCAAGUGACGAAACUAGAAGAUUUCGUUGUAAAGUGUGCAAAAUGGGGUUUGUCUCAUCCAGUUCAUUGAAGCAGCAUUGUAAAAGUCACAUUGGUCUCCGACUUCAUCGAUGUACGUAUUGUAAAAAGUCUUUCAAAUCAUCUACUCAUUUGAGAGAACAUAUGCAAAUACAUACAGACGCAGAGGAGCCAAAAUAUACAUGCGGUUACUGUGGUAACAAAUUUGUACAAAAUGGAGCAUUGCUGGCCCAUGUUGUUCAUCAUGAUAAAACUCGGCCUUAUGAAUGUCCGUAUUGUCAGAAAAGUUUCACAUCUACUGGAGACCUGAAACGGCAUAUGGAUAGGUAUGAUAAAAUACUUGUAAAGAAAGACUUAAAAUGCAGUUUUUGUCAGAAGACGUUUAAGAACAGUCAUUACCUUCUGAAACAUUUCCAGACUCACACCCUACAAAAUCCAUUUAGUUGCUCCGUUUGCCAGAUGAAAUUUUCUUCAUUCCGUCAGAUGUAUCUGCACAAAGAUAAAAACAAGCAUUUCACCGAUGCAGAAUGUAAGCAAGCGCGUGAAGAUUUGCAAACUCCCGGAAGAAUGUUUAGACAAAGAGCUAACCGGAAGUUAAAAGCGAAAAAAGUUGCAUCUACUGGCACAGAAACUGCAAAUACUACAUCUUUGAUAGACAAAGUGCCUGUAACUUUUGACAAAGAAUCAGCAAAAUUUGUAUUUGAUUCUGAUAGCUGUGUUGAAAUUAUUCAAAUACCAAAUGAUAGUAGUGGUGAACAAGGUGAAGCAACAGUUUCGGCACUGGCACAAUUUCAAGAGAAUGUAAUAAAUAGCAUGAUGGAUGUCGUUGAAAACAAGCCAGAAGAGGUAAAGAUAGAACAGGAAAUUUACAAUUAUGAUGACGGGGAGCAGGUGCAGUAUGUGGUAGAGAUAAGUGAUUCUCAAACACAGACUUUUGACCCAGCGAUAGCUUCUAAAAGUUCGCCAGGUCUUGUUACAUUAGGUACGGAUGCUGUAGUAGUUGCCAAUGACUCGACUGUUGUUGACGGUGAGGCUGGAACAAAUAUUGGUGAACUUGUCUCACUUGUGAGUCAAUCUGUACCGAAUGAAGGUUCUGGUAGGACACAAACGUUUCAAACACCUGAUGGUUCACUUAUUCAUGUUUGUGUUGUAAAAUCAACCAAAUAGUCGAAACUCAUUCUGGAAAUUAGAUUUAUUCAGGCUUUUGGUAAAAUGUACAUUGUAUGUCGUUGCCUAUAAGUGACAUUAUGCCCAUCCAAGUGUAUAUUGGCCAGUGAAUAGGUGAAAAUAUAUACAUGAUUUGUAUAAAAAUCUAAACAUUUGCCAUUAUUGUGUUCAAUUUUAUAUUUUGCAAAACAAAAUCCAAAUGAACAAAGGAAAUUAUAAAAUGUAGUUGGGUGGUCUUUUUAUAAUUUAGAUACUUCUAAUUUAAUAAUGGGUCAAUCACCAUGAGAACAGGCUAGCCAAUCUUUUAAAUUAAUAUUCCUUGUUCAGCUCAACAUGACCUCGAAAAAAAUGAGCAUGUCACUUUAAUUUUGUGGUGAAAAGAUGCAAAGAAUUUGUAUUUCUUAAUUAACUUCUGUAAAUAUGUUUAACGAUUUAAACAAUGUUACACAUUGAAUCUUAAAUUGUGCAUGCAUUUAAAUUUGUCUUUUACUAAAUUUGUGUAAGUUGUUUAUGAUAUUGUAGAGAGUUAUGUGUUUAUUACGAAUAAGUACACAUUUUGCUGUCAAUUUAUUGUAUGAAUAAAUGGAAAUAUGUUAA